CUUAGCUGGGAGUGUUUGUUACAAAAUGUCUGUGCGCUGCUAUCAAAUACAGCUGAGGAAAAGGACUGUGUCUGUAACCUGGCUCUCCUGGUUGCUUUGGUGUAGCAUGAUGCUUUCUCCUGCUUGGGGAUAUGUGAUAGUCAACUCUGUCUCCUGGUCUGUUACCAAUGAGGUGGAGGAAGAACUGGACAGCUCCUCCAACGAGGAAGCUCUCCCUGCACUCCUGGAAGACACGACUAGCAUCUGGAAGCAGAGCUACCCGGCCUCUGUUUACAAAGAAGAUGGGCAAAUGAGGUCCAGGCCAGUGGCUGGAAGAUCCAAGCAGGUAUCCUCUCCUUCUAGGAUGUUUUCCUACAGAAGAGAGAGUGUCAAAGGGACAGACGACAGCAUUGCUCCUCUGGAGCAAGCGAUCAGAACUGCCCGUUUCCUGAGCCAUUAUAACAGCUGGGGCUUCUUGGCUACUCAGUCCACGCAGGAAAAGAUCCAAGGGAUGCCAUUUGGGAAUUAUUUACCUGUCAGUGAUGGGCCCAUAAAUAACAGCACUGGAAUCCCUUUCUUUUAUGUGACUCCAAAGGACAACUCUGUGGCAGACCUAAUGAAGAAUCCAGUGGCUUCACUGACCCUGCCAGAGGCAGACGGAGAUUUCUGCAGAAAAAAUGUAAUUGAGCCUGACAAUCCAAGGUGUGCCAAACUGACCCUUACAGGACAGAUGAUCAUGGUGCCUCCAGAGGAAAUGGAAUUUGCCAAGCAAGCAAUGUUUUCCAGACAUCCAGUCAUAAGGAAAUGGCCUCGUAACUAUGAAUGGUUCUUCAUGAAGAUGAGUGUUGAGCAUGUCUGGCUUCAUAACUGGUAUGGAGGUGUUUCUACCGUUGCAGUGGAAGAAUAUUUCAAAGGAGUUCCAAGUAAAGCUUAAUUAAGCUUUGAAAUAGAAUUUUUCAGAGUUUGUUUUCAAAACACUUUAAGCGCCAUGUUGUUGAAUGAUCAUUUUGCAGUGACCUUUUUUGUUUAAGUCUUCAAAAUAAAUCCAUCUUUUUUUAAAUAGAACAAAAUGAAAAUGAACCAAUAUGGACAGUUAAAUUAAAAAUCAGCUGUGGAUAGUAAACCUAAGCUGCAUUCUUGCAAUUUCAUCUAGGAUAUAUGUUUAAAAAUGUUUUGGAACUGCCUGUUUUGAUUUUUAUUGCCAUGCACUCACAUGCUAAUUAUGACAUAUACUAAAUAUAGUGUUUUGAUUCACAGAAAAACAAAUUGCCUAUAAAAAAAAAACAAAAAACAACUGCUAUGUAUAAUGAAAGUACUAUUGUUAUUUGUUCUUUCUUGUUUUCUGGACAUUCUAACCCAAAUAAUACUAGCUGCAACUAUAAAGAAACAUUUUGUUUAUAUUUUUAAUUAAGCUGUUUUCAUUUUGCAUUUAUAUAGUACACACUUGCGCUAACAACCAAGUGAAACAUUCUGCUUGAAAAUUGAGAAAUGGGGAUGCAGAAAUAUAAUCCCUGGCUACUUUUGUAGUGGCAAAAUACAUGCAGCUCAAAGAAUGCAAAUUUAGUCUGUCACACCUAGUAGUGCAAGGGAAAUGAAACAAGCUAAAGGGUCAAACAGAAAAAUCAGACCCACCACAGGAUAAUCCCAGUGCAAAGAUAAACAUUCUUUUUAAAGAAUGUAGUCUCUGGUAAGCCUGUUUUAGAUUAUUGAUAGGAAAAUUUAUGUUGCUGGUGUUUCACAUCCUGUUUCUCCCUCAGUUUUAUUAACUCAUUCCUGUGCCUGACCCUAGUAUUGCCUAAAUAUGUUGGGGGGGGGGGUGGUUAAGUCUGCCUAAAAUUUGUCUUCUUAAGGCAAGUCUUGGAGGUAGUUUUCAAUCCAACAACAUAUUACUUCCUCACUGGGAAGUCAAAGCUUCACUGAAAAAUAUGUAGUGGAAUAGUGCUAGGGGAGUCUAAGACAGCUUUUUCAGUCUUUAGUCCUUUUAAAACAUAGUCUGGUCAUUUUAUUUUACAACCCCUGACCUAAGGUAUCUUAUUGGAAAUGGUCAGGUGGUUUUAGUGGAUACUUUACCUCUACAGUUCGCAAGGAAUAAGUAUAUGCUUACUGUUAAAAUACACAGCAGAGAUGAGCAAGAACUACAGACUUGAGUUUUGUGUGCCUAGCUACUUCAGAGACAGUCCUAGAAACAUGCCUAGUUUUUGUAAGCUGACAAGGUUCUUUGAGUAAAUCCAAUAUCUUUUAUUAGACCAACUCAAAUAGUUGGAAAAAAUAUUCUUUGCAAGCUUUUGGGUACAAACACACUUUGUCAGGAUGAGGAAGUGUCUGCAUUUGAUCUGUGCUCUUCCUGGAUGGAAUAGAAAAGUUUUUGUAAAUUCAUUCUUCGCCAGAUUCAGAGAGAGCUCAAGGAACUAAAAUUAAUUGGAACCUAAAUAAGUGUGGCUGAACCUAUGUCGAGUCAACAUUCCCCCUUUUCCCCACCCACCUACCUGUCUCACACCUAUUGUCCCCAUUCCCUCUGGUCUGCACUGCCACCCAUUUACAUUUUCAUAGACCUGCAUUUUACAUAAUCUACCCAGGACAGCACACAAAACACCAACAGACUUUCCCUAUGCCUGAAGAAGGGUGUUUGUGCCCACAAGCUUGCAGAGAACAAUUUUUUCCAACUAUUCAGUUGGUCUAAUAAAAGAUAUCACAUCUACCUAAAGAACCCUGUCUGUCUAUGUUCUUAGACCAACACGGCUACAACCAACAACCCUAUGUUGAGUCAAUGCAUUAAAAGAAUAUGGUGCUUGUUCUCAGGCCCUGUGUAAUCUAAAAAAAAAAAAAUGAUGCUGUAUUUCCUAUGAUACUAGCAACGGCCAGAGCUGACUGCAGACAAACUGAUGCCUGUAAUCACCAUGUUAAUUAGACUUCCAUAAAGGUAACUGAUGUAUUGUUUGAAAUGACAACAGAAAUUUUUCUAAACCAUCGUUAGUAAUAGCAAGAAAGCUUCAGAAAUUGUCCCGUGUCCCCUUGUCCAGUCAGGGCUUCAAAGGAGAGAAAAAUAAGGGGGUCCAGUCAUGCUGACUGUGCUGUGAUUGACCAGAAAGCUACUGGCUAUGCUCUGCAGUUGUACUGAGAGAGGUUACAGAAGAUCAGUUGAUACUACAGUAAUCGUCUUUAAAUAGAUCUUGAGCUCUGUUGCCAUAUGUUACUUGCCAUAUGAACGUUGUUUGCUUGAGGAUUUUUGCCAAAUACUUUGCACUUUUGUACAGCCAGUUCAGAUCCACCGGUAGGAGCAAUGUUAGAUUCACCAUGCCUCACAGAUUUACUCUGAAUAGGAUGUGACCGGAUGCUUAAAAUGCCAGGAGACACCUGCACCUUUUCUACUUUAGUGCCCCCACUACUGCUAGAGCUCUGUAGGACUGAUGGAAUAUUUGAGGAGAUGCAUCUAAUUUAGAUACCUGUUUACUGUAUUUUCCCUGUCCUCUCUCUCACCAGGAGCACUGAUAAUUCAGAUAUUUUGCAGAGGAGACUGUGGUGCCUACAGUCAGAAAGCCAAAGGUCUGGUGAAGGAUAACAGCCCUUCAGACUAGUAUAGUUAAGGCAUUCCAGUUUCUACAGCUAACCACACACAGGCAAGCAGUAGGGGUGCAAUUGUAUGUGGCUGCCUUGGACUCUCUGCCUGAAAGACCUGGUGCCCAUCUGCAACUGGUUUGACCAGAAGUAGCCUUCAGCACAAAGCCCACCCUGAGGUUUUGAACUCAUGCCUUCUGGAGCCACAGCAGGACCCUGCUUUAUUACCAUGAUCUGGCAGUGGUCUACAGGAUGGAAGAAAAUAUACAGUCUAGCUGUUUUUCCUUUUCAUGUAGAGAAGCUGCAUGUUUUUUCCUCCAAGCUUGCCCCGUCCUCCUCACCCCAUGUCUUCCACCGUAUUGGCCCUGUCAGUAUGAGAGCUAAAAGGCUGGCCCCAUGCAGGUUUAUAAAAUACCAUUACUGAAACUUUCCCAGUCGCAUUAUUUUGCCAUUGAGAUCUGUGUUCAUUAUGGAUCUAAUCCCUGACCACUGAGGUUAAUGGAAGCUUUUAAUUAAUUUAAAUAGGCAGAAGAUUAGACCCAAUCAGGGGAGCUCCAAAGCUUGCACUAAUAUUGAUUUGUAACUGUAAUUACACAUUUUGUUGUCCUAGUUUAACAUUAUACCCAGAGUUGUCUAAAAACAGUGACACACACAGCAAAUAUAAUUUUCCCAUAUUUAAUGUCUAGACAAAUCCCAGUAGAAUACAAUUAAGUUCUAGAGUCAUUAAUUAUUACUCUGUAUUUUUCUGUAUAUUUCUUUCUGCUGUCCUAUGUUGAAAUUCAACUGACCACGUCAGUCAUUCAGUUGACGUGCCUGUAUUAAAUCCAGAAGCCAGUAGCAGUUAUGCAGUUAUUUUAAAGAGCAUUCUAAAGUACUACAGCAAAUACCAACUAUACAUCAGAUAGCACGGCAUUUAUUAGCAACCACCCCCACACAGGAGUUACACUGACAAGCACGAGAAUACUUACAACUGGGAUAGUGAGGGAGACAUCCAAGCUGAUUCAGACUGACUGACUCCAGCACAUCUACCUCCAGCUAGCAAAGAACCCUUCUCUUGCUCUGUUUUAUCCUCCUAGAUUUCUCAUUACAUCAUCAUCAUCAUCUUCUAAAGAUGUAUGCUUUCCAAAAAUUGAUCAGAUCUAUCCUGAAACUUGUGUUCAUGCCUGCCUAUCUUAUUUUUCCCCAAACACCUUCUUUGUUUACCAUUAAUCCAUACUUGGGUUUUCCUAGACAUGCUGGAGCCAAGUGGUUGGCAUACAAAUCUUCUUGUUACCGUCUAGUCUACCACUUUUCCUCCUAUGUUUACAUAGCUAUAAUAUAUGGAUAUCUAUACAUCAUUUGCCUAAUUCUUAGCAUCUUCCACCUGACAUUAGCACUUUAAGGACACCUCUACGUAUGCAGGUAAAGGUGUGAUGAGAUCUAAUAUGUGAUUCACGCUAUUGUCCCUCCCACGAUGCCACAUAUGCAUGGCAGGAAGUGUGAUUGUGGGAUCGCACAUUAGAUCCCAUUGUAUCCUAUGGCCAAUGCAGGGGAAACCCGAUCCUGGGGUUCCCCUGCACUGGCAAGAAGCAAGCUCCCAUGGCUGGGAGGCCCCUCAGCUGAGGGGCUCCCAGCUGUGGGGUCGCCUCAUGCACCUCCACAGUUGGGAGACACAGCUACUAUGAUCUUCCAGCUAUGCGGGGGCUCCAUGCAUCCCCAAGGCUGGGAGAUUGCAGCCAUGCUCUGUGCCUGCUGGGACCCAGUGUCUGUAUCUGUGAGACUUGGGGUCCCAGCAGCCAUGGGGCACUACUGGGACCUAGAGUCUGCAGCUGCUAGGCACUGCUGGGGCUGAGAGCCUCCUCAGCUGCAGGACUUCCAGCCCUGGUUAGGCCUGCUUCACAUCUGUGGCUAAGAGCCCAGUCAGCUGUUGGGGCUCCCAGCCUCAGGAGAGACUAUGCUACAUGUGUAAGUUAAAGCUGGAUAGCAACCAGCUCUGAAGUUAGUACACAAUUUUGAGGUCUAACUUUAUAGCUGGUUGGAGCUUUUUAUGGCAUGAUAGGUACUUUUCACAUGUAGCUGGUCUCUGUGAAUUGUGCAAUACCUGUAACGUGUAGGAGGGACCUAACUCUUUCUUUCUCUCUGUUUAAACCAUGGAAGUUUGGGUCCAGGUUUAUCUCUAAGAAUAUAAUCAAACAUACUAACACCUACUACAUAGAAUUUCCUUCAUUGUUAUAGUAUUUUCUCUACAGCCUGAUGACAGUGAUAAACCUCCAGUUUCACCAUAACAGUGUCCAUAUUUCUGCUUUCCGCUAUUUGUAUCUUAGUCCUGAAGGGCUAAGGCGUUUUAUCAAGAAAGGUAGACAAGGACUGGUCAUGAAUUUAUGAAACACUAGUUAAUUACUAAGCACUAAGCCCUAUGAGAACUUCUUAUAGAAGAAAGUACAAUAAUACCUUUGUAUAUAGUUUCCUCCACGCUGAAAACGAAAUGUUACCUUGUACUUAGUGUAUCCACAGACAGCGUUACUGCAGAGUAGCUAGCGCACUGUGAAUUCAUACCCUGGCUUACUUUGCACUAAUCUUCCUGUCUAGACAAACCCUCAGACUCUUAUCAGACCUACAGGGCAUGAAUGAGACAGUGAGAAAGCAGCAGUGGGCACUUUGGAUGGUUAAGAAACAGACAUUUAAUUUCAGAGGCUAGCUCCUACGCUGCAAAGCUUCUGAAAGGCUGCAGAAGCCUAUCCAAAACUUUCCCUUCUGAUCCUGAAUGGACUUCUUUGGGGCAAAAGGGGUUUUGAGAUGCUGUUUUUUAAUAGGGCCUUAAAUUAUUAGUCUAAUCCAUUAUUAGGAUUUUUUUUAAACUGACAAAUACCUCAUUAUACAUGUGAUGGUAUGGUAAGUGUAAAUGAAAGCUAUCCCAGAUAUUACUAGAAAGAUUCUAUAAUGGUUUAUGACCACUUGCUCUAAUAGUUUUCCUUCUGAAGUUAAUAGCAAAAGUCCCACUGACUUCCUUGUGAUCUUAAAGAUUUCACCCUUAAUAUCUGUAAGAAAUUGAACUGACAUGCAAAUUAACUGUCAUGCAUUUUGUACUUCAUUAGAAAUAAUUAAUGUCUGUAGUUUUCUCAAAAAAGCCUUCCAGUGCAAGUUUUUAGUUGAAACUUCUAUAUUGGUCCUGAAAAUUUGAGAGAUGUAUUUAUUUAUGCUUGUAUAUUUGCUGUGGGGGGAGGUGUGAAGUUUGAGUCCUUUUGAACAGUGAUACAAUUUUUUGCUAACUUUUGCAAGUGUAAUGCAUGUACACUUUAAGCACAGCUAGUUUUAACUGCUGUUCUUAGUUAACCAAAGAAUGCUCCAUUUCUAAUGUAAAUUUCAUCAUUUAAAUAGAACCAAUGUAUUAUGUAUUGUUUCUGGAUGUGAACUGCAAUUUGCAAUGUAGUUUGAUUCCUAAAGAUAAUUAAUAUUGUUGACAAAUUGCCUAUCAAAUAUUUAAUACAAAUAAAAUAGCAAAUGGUGA